GUGACCGGAAGCGGAAGGCGGCGGCUGCGGCUCGGGGUUCCCAUGGAGCCCUGGGCCGCCCCCCCCCGGCUGCUGCCCCGGAUCGGGCCCGGGCUCUGCACACGGGCCGGGCCGCGGGACCCACACUCGGUGCUGGGGGUCGGGCCCGAGGCGACACCUGCAGAGAUCAGAGCAGCGUUCCUGGAGCGGUGCAAGGAGGUGCACCCGGACGGGGACCCCUCGGACCCCUCUCGUCACGAGCGGUUCCUGCUGCUGGCAGAGGCCUAUGGGGCCCUGACCCGGCCCCGGAGCCCCCCCGGAGCCCCCCCCGGAGCCCCCCCUGGAGCCCCCCCCGGGGCCCCCCCCCGGCCCAAGGACUGA